CCUCUCUAUCCCACUGUAGUGCAGAGUUGCCCGACUGACACGCUAUUCGCAAUGUCUCCAGCUACAGUGAGGACUCUCCUGUGUCUUCUCCUCACACUCAUUGCUUUAAUUCUAGGAGUGGCAGGCCUUCGUCCACUAAAGCCAACGAAUGUGAAACUGACUGUCAUAGAUGAGGGUCUUCAGGUCACAUGGGAGCCUCCCGAGGAGCUGGACUCGAGCCCGGUGGACUGGUACAAUAUUGGCUACGGCACGUCCAUGAAAGCCCUGCGCUUCGUUAAAGUGGACAAAGAUGAGCGCUCACGGGUGCUGGAGGAUGUAGAGCCCGGGGUUCUGCACUUUUUGAAGAUGACAGCUGAGAACGCUGAUGGAAUGAGCAAGCCGGUCUACAAAGCAGAGACACCUAAAGCUAAAAGCCAGGAGAGGAGAAGACCCGCCGAGGAAAUCCGGGAGAGGCUGGACUCCCCGCGCAACGUUGCAUUGGGCAGUAACCGUGGUUACCUCCUGGGCUUGGCACAGAGCGACCACAGAUUGCUCGACAAGCCUCGGCCUCUGGGCCGGCGCAGCCAACGGCCUCACCAGCUUGCCUCUGAGUCCGUGUAUGUGGUAUCACUGCAGGCACAGAAUGCACCCCGGCAGAGUUCGUCCGCCUAUAGCGCUGUCAUGACCAAAAAAAAACUUGCAGAACCCGAGGAGCUGCCUGAAGUCAAGGACAUAACCGUCAGGGUGAAUUCCGCACAGUCUGUCAUGGUGUCCUGGGUGGACCCUGCCACCGAGAGGGAGAGGAGCAGUGAUGACAGCAGGGAAUGGCUGUACACAGUGAGGUACCGGGAAAAGGGAGAGUCGGCCCGCUGGGAUUACAAAGAGACCCCUCAGCGCCGCCUGCUGGUGGACGGCCUGUAUGCGGACAACAUGUAUGAGUUCUCCGUCAGGAUCUCGGAAGGACUCAGGCAUGGGCCCUGGAGCGCCUCUGUCUUCCAAAGGACCCCCGAAUCUGCUCCCACUGGUCCACCUACAAACUUCCAUGUUAAGCCAUUCAGAGGAAAAGGAACAGCUGUCACGGCAACCUGGGAGCCACCGGAGGAGCCCAAUGGGAGAAUACGAGAAUACAUCCUCACAUACGCCCCUGCUCUCAAGCCGUUCGGAGCCAAGUCCAUCACCUAUCCUGGAAGUCAGACGUCUGCCAACAUCGAUGGCCUGCAGCCAGGGAACAGCUACAUUUUUAAGAUCCGCGCUGUAAACCGGAGGGGACAAGGUCCUUCAACUAAAGCUUUCAGUAUCGCUAUGCCAGGAACCAGUGCUGUCGUGUCGUCUCAAAAGACGAAAAGCCAAGAGGAUGACAGAAGCAGUCACCUCUCCUCCAGGACCUCAAAACAGAGUUCUAAAGAUUCCAAAGAUGGCGGUCUUCAGUCCACAGAGGACACUGAUGAACCUGCACCUUAUUCUCCUAAAACAGUAAACCCCAUGGCAAGAAGAAGCCGUCCACUAUCCCAGUCCAGGUCUUACCAUAGUGUGUUUUCAUCUGCAAGAUCCCUUGUGCGCAAUGGGGCUGCCGGUUCAAAUUCUCCUUUGCAAGACAAACGUGACCAAAACAACAAAGACCAUACAUCGCACAAAGAAUCAUCUGAUGAGCUUGACGAGGAUUUGGAUGAGGAGGAUACUGAAAACAGGGAACAAACAGUGACCCAGAACAAUGAUAAGAGCAGCAGUAAGAAUUCUGCUUAUGGCGCGGAUACAAGCCCUCAUGACACUUCUCCAUCAAGAAGUCACGCAACACCUGUGAAGCUGUGGCCUGGUUCCGUUCCCAGAGUACCAUUUCAUACACGCAUUAUCCCUGCUAGUUCCCAAACAAUUAGCAUGGAGUCAGUAAAACCCAGAAGACCAUUACCUACACCUACCAGAAAGAGCACCACCCACGAUGCCAGUCCUGAGCCUAAGACAGAACGUGUCGGUACAUCCUCCCCAUCUUCAAACAACCAGGAUGUUUCUCUCACUAGAAAGGACAACACAGCAAACGCUCAUCCUGACAAGGAGUCACUCCAGAUUACUCCAAACCAGGAAACUUCUUCAAAACUAAAUCAAGCACCUUCAAUACAGACCCAAGGAGGCAACCAUCAAACAGGUUCUGGGCUUGUCCUUAGCAGAAGAAAACCCUUCGGUCCGAUGCGAAAUACAUCAAGAGUUUUUCAUGGACAACGUAAACCUAUAUCGUCCUCAGCUGUAUCUCAGUCUACCCUGCCAACUGGAAUUCAGAAUCCUCAGAGUAGUUCUCAUGCUUUAAUAAGAAAUGAUGUCAAAGUGGAAGGAAACAAUCAGGAUUACAAAGAUACAAAGGGUGUGAUUAAGGAUGAACGGCCAACUGCAGCAUCUCAUGCAUCCACUUCACAUGCUUUAUCUUCACCUGUUUCCAAAGAUGGAAAAGAUGGACAAGAAAGCAGGACCAAGGAAUAUAACUAUGGUUCAUAUCCAUCUUCAAGGACUAAUUCUGGCACUAGCAUGGGACGAGGUUAUAGAUUGGGGGUAAGCAACAGGACAUUACCCAGAGUCCCAUCAAGCAGAGACAAGUCAGCUCCUUCAGUUGGAGCUAACAGACCUGUCUUGAAGGAAACUUCAUCACAUUCAGGUAUUUCUGUGCCACACCAGACUUCAGAUUUGCUCCCAUCAAAGCAUCUUUCAACCUCUGGUGCCUCAAAACCAUCUUUUCCUAACUGGAGCUCUGUUUUAAGUGGUUCUGCUAAUUCUGUUAAGUCACCUUCUUCCAGGGGGAAUACAGACUCUAGUGAUUCAACGACGAAAAAAUCUGGAUCAGAGAAUAGCAAUGACAAUAGUGAUAAUGUCCAUCAUGGUAACAAGGAGACUUCUGAAAAAAAUUACAAAAUUACUACAACAUCAGCCCCUCAGUCAACUACCUCAGCUGCAAGCAAAGCUAGCAGACCACAGUCAAAUGACAAUGAGAGUAUAGACAGAAACUCAAGUCCUAGAAAAGCAUCUUCCAGUGUUCCACUGUUGCCUCGGCGACCUUUAGUAGGCCCGAAUGGACGAUUUCGAUCGACUCUGCUACAAAACCGUCAGCUCAGUCUUAGGCUUCCAACUAGGUUACUUCCUUCACAGCAUACACAGUCUGGAACCAUUAGUGAGUCGUCACGGUUGCCUUCAUCUUCUGGAACUGGUGCGUCUUCCCACCUGAUGUCCUCUCAGUCACCUCAUUCAGCCUCCAGGCAAACAUCUAGUGAAGGUGCAGGACCAUCAUCAGUAGCAAAGCAGUCUCAGCCAUCAGAUACAUCAUUGCGUCAACCCAUUCCAGGGACGAGAUUGCGUUAUCCCAGUCGAAUGGAUAUUAGUUCACGGGGGAAAAAAAAUGGCAAUGAACAAGGUAAAAAUGGAAGACCGAAUCUUACAGUUGCAAAUGGGAAAGAUGCUCCUACUUCAGAUAACAGCAACAAACCAGGUGGCCAGCGCAUUAUCACGGGUCCAGAAGGAACAAAAUGGAUAGUAGACCUGAACAAAGGACUCCUGAUGAAUGAAAAUGGACAAAUUCUACAGGACUCCGAAGGCCGACCUCAUAGAGUGGUUCUUGGAGAAGACGGACAAACUAUUUUCGAUUCCCAAGGCAGCCCGUUGGUGAACCAGGAAGGACUUGCCCUGUUCGGACAUGGGAGAGACAGCAGGCCAGUUGUCAAUCCUAAAGAUAAGAUGCUGACAUUGGGUGGAAAGCCUCUAAUUGGUCUGGACCGUCCGAAGCUGAGAACGACCACAGUAAAAACCACUACAACGGAAUUAACAACCCUUCCAACUACUACUGAGAUGACUACAGUGGAACCUACAAUGAAACUGACAGUGGAACCUACAACUCUAGCAGUACACCCAACGUGUCCUCCUGGAACUUAUUCCAAGUCAGAUGCCAGAGGGCUUCCCCUGCUGGAUGCGGACGGUAUACUCAACUGUUAUCCUGAAGAGGGUCCGUCUGGGAUGGAUGUGGAUGCCGUGCUAACGGUGCCUGUGUCGACCCACAGGCCUGGCACUUUAGCUGUAGUGGAAGAAGACUUUGUCGUGCAGACCACACUGGCCUCAACAACAGCAGCUCCAGUGAUUCAGCCAGCGACCAAGCCGCUCAGCUCCGGUCCCUCAUCCACGUUUGAUGCUGCUGGGAAUGAGCGCUUCACUGCGCCCUAUGUGAGUUACAUCCGUAAGGAUCCUGGAGCUCCCUGUUCCCUGACUGAGGCUCUGGAAUACGUGCAGGUGGAUGUCCUGGAGAACCUGCUCGCUAUGGACAACCAGGCACACAACCUCCCACCCAGGAACAAGCCCCACAACAUCACUGUAGUAGCUAUGGAAGGAUGCCAUUCCUUUGUCAUCCUGGACUGGGCACGUCCUCUAAAGGAUGACAUGGUGUCAGGAUACAUGGUGUACAGCGCAUCCUAUGAUGAUGUUCUGAGUAACAGGUGGUCUUCUAUGACAUCAACUGGAACCCAUCUUCCAGUGGAGAACCUCAAGCCAAAUUCAAGGUAUUACUUCAAAGUGCAAGCAAAAAAUAUAUUUGGAAUGGGCCCGAUCAGUGACACGUUAACAUACGUUACCGAGUCAGAUGAUCCAUUGCUCAUAGAAAGACCUCCUGGUGGGGAGCCCAUCUGGAUCCCCUUCAGCUUCAAGUACAACACAGCGCAGAGCACCUGCAAAGGAAGCCAAUUCGUGAAGCGUACGUGGUACAGGAAGUUUGUCGGGGUCGUCCUGUGCAACUCGCUGCGGUACAAAAUUUUCAUGGGAGAAGGACUGAAAGACACCUUCUACAGUAUAGGUGACACGUUUGGCUUUGGUGAGGACCACUGCCAGUUCGUCGAUUCCUACCUGGAGGGCCGGACUGGGCCACACAGCCUCUCUGAGUUCCUUCCGACCACGCAAGGUUUCUACCGUUCCUACCGCCAGGAGCCAGUGCGCUUCGGCCCCAUCGGUCAGCGCACCCCUCACACUUUCGUGGGCUGGUAUGAGUGUGGCGUCCCCAUCCCCGGGAAGUGGUAACGGUAUCAAGAAGCGGAGAGGCGUGCGGAUGGAGUUGUGCUUAGUUCUGCCCAGGUCUCUCCCAUGGAAUCCGACGAACUGUCACAGGCUAUGGCAAGCAAACAUAUACUGCUUUAAGUAUAAUUAAGAGAAUAUAGUACUUAAAAAAAUACUAACAAUCUUAUGUAGUCUUUACCAUGCACUUUUAAGCAGUCUGUAUAUGAGGAAAAGCAUGUGUGCUUGGCCCAAAAUAAUUUGUCCCUGGAUAUAAAAUUUCCAUCCUUGUUCCCAGUAGAUCACAACGGCACAGUAAAUAACCAACAUUCAAAAACAUUGUCAGCAGGCUAACGGAAAGUGAGUAAUAUGCAGUUUAUUUGCUGUAAAUUCAAGAAAUAAGACGAAAUUAAGCUAACCGUAAUACAUUGUAUAAUUUACACUACUCACUCCCAUUGCUGAAAGACAGGCUUGCAGGUGAUUUUGUAUACUAAUUGUUUUAGGUCCAUUGAAAAUAGGGUUAAAGGUAUUUGUUGAACAAAAUCAGGGAACGUUAAGACAAUAGCUCAGGAAUGGCAGGAUAUUCAACAAGCAUCACGGAACCACUGAAACCUGUUAAUGCCUUUCAAUGAUGUACAGUGGAACUUAUUUUAAAUGUAUAUUUUCAACAGAUAACAAAAUCAGCCAUUGACAAUGACAAAUAAAGUCCACCUCAAAAUAUUUUUACAAUCCCUUGACGUAUCGUUCUAGAUUUUCUAUAUAUUGUGGUUUUUAUUUCAUUUGCAUAAGGAUAAAUCAAUGGAUUUUCAGUUCAAUACUUAUAUGAUGCAUUAAAAUUUUUGAAUAUUUCAA